CGACAGAAUACUCACCAAGUGUAACAGGUGAAAUUGUGCAUUGUAAACCAAUACAAAUGUUGUUAUUUGUGCUGUGCGUGGUGCUAGCCUUCAUAAAAGCCCGCGCGUCCGUCAUCUUCGAGGACUGCGGGUCGGCCUAUGAUCUGCAGGCGGUGAACAUCGAGGGCUGCGGGUGGUCUCUGCCGUGCUACGUCACCGCAGGAGAGGAGACACCGGUCGACGUGCACUUCUUUGCAGAUUUUUCGUCUAAUCUACUAGACCAGGAUGUGGUAAUCAACAUUAAUCUCGUCAACCUGAACGCGGAUGUCACUCCAGAUCCGUGUGAAUCAGUUCAUUGCCCGGUGAGAACGGACUUCGUGAACUCCCUGACCAGCGUGAUGUCCGUGCCCAACAUGAUGGCACUGAAUCAACGCGGCUAUUUGCGCUGGCGGGUUUACAACGAACGAAGGCGGCUUGUGCUGUGCUAUUCUGUGUUGGUACAAACGCAGAGUCCUGUACAGAAGAAACUCCGACAAAUCCUAACAAUGAUUACCCCGGAACACGCUAACGAAAUAGUCGAUACUCUAGACCCAGAAACUAAAGAUACAGAUAUUACCAAAAACUAUCUACAGGAACUCGUCGACAAUUACCACGAGAAUAUAAAGCUACGACGACAAUUAGCAAAUACAAAUCGAUAGUGAACACACUUUUAUCUACUACGGAUUUCGAACAGCUUGACUUUAGCCCCGAAGCACUGAGCCGGCGCACGCUAUCUACGUAGAUGCGACUAGUGCGCGUCUUCGUUGAUGGCGUGCGCUACUGUGCCGCGGGGCCAGCGAGACUUUGUAAUGAAAAGCGCGGCAAUUCUAAUUUUUGUUUGAAGUUUUUUUUUCUGUCAACUUAUUUAAUUAAACGGCUUCUUUCUUUGUAUUAAAACUCUUUGUAGUUUAUAUUCCAAAUAAGAUCUCAAAACGCGAUAAGAAACACGAUAAAUGCGUAGGUAAUGUUUCGUACGCAUGCAAGCACGUAACUCUCAAUGGUUUAGUACAAAGAUCGCGUGUUUGUGGCGUAAAAAGCAGUCAGUUUAUUGUGAAGUACCUACUCGUCUAAAUUACUCAUUAAUUUUAUUGAUUUAUUGGUAUUUUGGUAGAUAUAUUAGGUAGCGCUCAAAGUUUUUUAUAAGUACUUUUCUUUAUCGCAUUUAUGAAUAAAAGACUGAAUAUUUCGAUGUAUAUUU